UCGAAAUCCAACCUCUCUACAUCUGACCUAAUCCCCAUAAAUUUACCACUUCAAUUUCUUCCAUACCCAUCUCAAAUUUUCUCCUAAAUCCUCAAUUCCAUUUCUGGGUUUCUUCCUUCUCCAUUUCAAUCGAUCAAUUUGCUCAAGAAAUUGCUCAGAUCUAAUCCAACCAAAAUGGGAAGAGGAGGAGCCCUAAGUGAAGGUGUUUUGAAGAAGAUCAUCCUCUCUUACAGUUAUGUCGCUAUAUGGAUCUUCCUCAGCUUCACUGUCAUCGUCUACAACAAGUACAUACUUGAUCGCAAUAUGUACAACUGGCCUUACCCCAUUUCACUAACCAUGAUUCACAUGGGUUUCUGUUCUUCUUUGGCUUACAUUCUCGUCAGUAUACUCAAAGUUGUCGAACCAGUUCAAAUGACUCGUGAUGUUUAUCUCAAAUCUGUUGUUCCAAUCGGCUUUCUCUACUCUCUUAGCUUAUGGCUUUCCAAUUCUGCUUACAUUUAUCUUUCUGUUUCGUUUAUUCAAAUGCUUAAAGCCUUAAUGCCUGUUGCUGUUUAUUCUCUUAGUGUUUUGUUUAAGAAAGAGGGGUUUAAAGGUCAGACCAUGACUAAUAUGCUAUCAAUCUCUUUUGGGGUUGCUGUUGCUGCUUAUGGUGAAGCUAAGUUUAAUUCAUGGGGGGUUAUGUUACAGCUUGGUGCUGUUGUUUUUGAGGCUACCCGUUUGGUUUUGAUUCAGAUUUUGUUAACUUCAAAGGGGAUUUCGUUCAAUCCGAUAACAUCUCUUUAUUAUGUUGCCCCUUGCUGUUUGGUGUUCUUAUCUGUUCCUUGGAUCAUUGUAGAGCUUCCCAAAUUGAGGGAUACUUCUAGUUUCCAUUUCGAUUACUUCAUAUUUGGGACGAAUUCGUUGUGUGCGUUUGCUUUAAAUCUUGCUGUGUUUUUGCUGGUUGGGAAGACAUCUGCAUUGACUAUGAAUGUGGCUGGAGUUGUUAAGGAUUGGUUAUUGAUUGCAUUUUCGUGGUCUGUGAUUAAGGAUACAGUGACUCCAAUCAAUCUGUUCGGUUACUUGAUUGCUUUCUUGGGUGUUGCUUAUUAUAAUCAUGCCAAGUUACAGGCACUUAAGGCCAAAGAAGCCGAGAAGAAGGCGAGUCAUCUAGACGACGAAUCUGGCAAGUUAUUGGAGGAGAAAGAUGAAAAAUCUGCAAGAAAGAUGGAUUCUGAUAAAUGAUAUCAUCUUGCAGACUGCAAAUGGAGUGGUUUUUGCCACUAUUGAGCUUCAAUGAUGUUUAAUGAAGUAGGACAUAGGUAUCUUUUACACAAUGUAGCUUUUUAUUGUCUUCCAUCUUUAUCAGUUUCAUGUUAAUGGGUUUUUUAACUUUCAAGAUUUCUUUUCUGAUAUAUAUCUGCAAAUCCUCCAUCUGGAGUUUCAUUUGGGUGUUUGAUGUGUUCUGUCUUCAUCUUUAUCACAUUCAUGUUAAUGGGUUUUGUUAACUUUCAA